AUGCCUUGGGAAAAUGACGGUGAUAAAACAGAGUUACAAGAAAUCAGUGGUCCAAAAAGAAAAAGUUCUGAUUUGGGUUCAUCACCUGAAACUACAUUGCAAAUAAUCCAGAAGUUAAUUGCAGAGGUGUUAGGGACAUUUUUCGUGAUUUUUACGGGUUGUGGAGCAGUGGUGGUCAAUAAGAUGUAUGAUGGUACUGUAACAUUUCCAGGAAUUUGUGUGGUAUGGGGUCUAAUUGUGAUGGUCAUGGUUUACUCUGUCGGUCAUAUCUCUGGUGCACAUUUCAAUCCAGCAGUAACUGUUACUUUUGCUCUUUUUAGACAUUUUCCUUACAAACAGGUACCUUUGUACAUUGUGGCACAGUUUCUUGGAUCACUUCUUGCCAGCGGCGUCUUAUACGUUACUUUUAGCGUGAAAGACGAUGCUUUCUUUGGGACAAUACCAGUUGGACCCCCAAUUCGUUCUUUCGUUGCUGAAAUAAUCAUAUCGUUCCUUUUAAUGUUUGUUAUUUCUGGUGUUGCCACCGACACUAGAGCGAUUGGUGAAUUAGCAGGAAUUGCAGUUGGAAUGACAAUUAUGUUGAACGUUUUCGUAGCUGGGCCUGUAUCUGGGGCAUCUAUGAAUCCUACAAGGAGCUUGGGGCCUGCAAUAGUAAUGCGUAAAUUCAAUAGUAUCUGGGUUUACAUUGUUGGCCCACCCAUUGGUACCAUCCUUGGAGCCUUCUGCUACAAUUUGAUCAGAUUCACCGAUAAACCGCUCAGGGAAAUAACCAAGACAGCUUCAUUUCUCAAAUCCUAA